CACAAUCACUCACCCUCAAACACCUGCAAACUUCCACGUUUUGUUUCAGACCAAGCUCUUUAUUUCCAUCAACCAGCCAGUUAAGUCAGCCUGUCUGCUCGAAGACACCUACUCGAGAUACACAAGUCACAUUCACUGCACAAACUUUCACCCUGUUCUUCGAGUCUUCGACCGGCAAAAUCCCAGCCCAGCCCAACAUCUCACCAUCCGGCCGCCCAUCAAAACCAUGCCCAGAGGCCGCGGUUCAGGUUAUGACUUCCCAAAGCCGAUUGGCGCCUGUCCGCCGCCGAAGCCUUCAUCCGGUGUUAUUGGUACUGGUGUUUUGAAAGGCGGCAGUAAUGAUGGUAGUGAUGGGAGGGAUAAGGAGAAGGGUACUGGCGGUAGUGGAAGUCACGGUGGAAGGGGUUUCUAA